UUCCGGCCACGCGAGGAUAAAGUGCUCCUUUCCCAAACCCCAACAUGCAGUGUGGUAAUGGCUUGCCACGAGUUUCCGUAGAACCUUUAUUAUUUUCUUCAAUGAUGUUUAUUACCAUGUAUACCAUGAUUUCUCAGCAAUAUAUUUACAAGCGAUUCUCGUUUGAUAACGGACUUAUUAACGCAACAGGAAAAUACAGUCAAUGCUUUUUGAACUCUACUGACCCUCGUGCACAAUUGGAGAAAAAAGUUUCAGCAGAAACAAGUCUAUGGGUUUUGUACUUAAAUGUUGCCGGGGUUGUUCCAUCAGUAAUUUCUGCUACAUUGAUUGGCUCAUGGGGUGACACAGUUGGUAGAAGGAAGCCCAUGAUAUCAGUCUAUCUUGGUGCAGUUGUGAUGAUCUCUAUCUAUAUAUCUGUAUUCCACUUUCGACUUCCACUGUAUGUUCUUCUCAUUGGGAGAUUGGUUUGUGGCUUAAGUGGGGACUUUACUGCCUUACUCGCUUCAUGUUUUGCGUAUGUUGCCGAUAUCUCUUCAACACAGAGCCGUACAAUAAGAUUCGCAGUAGCUGAAGCUUCUAUUGGCAUUGGGGGUGUGGUUGGGAGCUUUGUAACUGGUGCUUGGGUAAAACAACAGGGGCUUGAGUUGCCAUUGUGGUUGCCAUUCGCUCUUACCAUAUUUGGUUUUGUUUACACACUUUUUUUACUACCGGAAUCAAUACAAAGAGAUGAUGUUUCAUUUUUCCAAGAUUUAAAAAAACUUUUUACUUGUAAUCCAUUUGUUGGUUUAUGGAGAAUGUUAACGCUCGAGGCAAAACGAGGAAAGCAACUUCUAUCUGUCUUGUUCUGUUUCUUUCUUGUGUUAGUGUUGUAUAAUGGGUAUAGUGAUGUCAUAGUAGUGUAUGAGCUUAGCCCACCAUUUUGUUGGACUUCGGACCAGAUCGGGUAUGGUUCAAUGAUCACUGCCGGAUCUUUCAUAGUCGCUCUCGUUGCGUUUAAACUCCUGAAUAAUCGAUGUAGUGAUUGGUGGUUUGUGUUCAUAGGUGUUGUGUCAAUGACAACUUCAUUUCUUAUCCUGGCAUUUGCUAAGCAAUCAUGGAAUAUCUAUCUAGCUUGUUCAAUUGGUAUACUUUGCACAAUGCCUGUAACGGCAAUACGCAGUAUGUUGUCUCGCUUAGUCAACCCUGAAGAGCAAGGUUCAAUAUUUGCAUUAGUUGCUUGUGCACAAACUAUUUCCCAAUUCAGCGCUUCAGUUAUGUACAACACAAUUUACAAAGAGACAGUCGCAUUUUUCCCUGGUACUGUGUUUCUUGUGGCAGUUGGAAUAUCAGUCUUUAUUCUUAUCAUUUUCAGUUUUGUCUACAAAUACACAAAAGAUCGAUUGCAGUUGAAGAUACCAGAAUAUUCACAAGUUGAAGAAAAUUGUUAACUUUAAAUACUUUGUUACUUCUGUGUUCCGCUACCAAGCACAAUGUAAAUAAUCUUUCAACGGCUCAUCUGGUAUAAAAAAUCGUAGUGUUGUUCCGACGAAACACCAGAAAUACACUUCGUUUUUUUUAACCAGAUGAGCCACUUAAAGAUUAUUUAACAUAAGAAACAAACUACAAAUUUUUAUACCAGAUGAGCCGUUGAAAGAUUAUUUACUUUAGUUUAAAUACAUACAUAUUCACAACUAAUGCGUUCCAUAUUCACAACUAAUACUUCGCACUAUUCACAACACAAAUUUACUUCAACAGUCAUGGCAUUCAUGAUACCUCGAUAUAAUUUUUUUAUGGGACCUUUUUUUAACUAUGCAUGUUAAUUUCAAUUUUUUUUUUUCUUGUCUUUUUAAAUAUUUCUUAAGUUUUAUCUGUUUUAAGAUACUUUGGUGUUUUUAGGUUUUAUAAAACAUAUUGCCAUAAGAUGCUAAAAGAUAUUAAGAUGUUAAAAAUUCAAAUAAUCAACAUUAAACUAUUUAUUGUAAAUAUUGAAACUAGAAAAUUUGUUUUAAGCAUUUCGUAAUAGGGUUUUUCUGUUUUGUAAAACCAGGUCUGGAUUUCAGCUAAAACCUACCCCCACCCCCAAAACUAAACAUUUCAAAUUUAGUUGCAGGAUAUAAACUAGACUUUAAUUUCUCAUUUUCUAUAGCCAGUAGCUAUUAUAUAAAGAACAUUUUCUGAACUAAUUUAAGUUUUGGUCUUCGAAAUUUAGCCCUGUCAAAGCUGUUUCAGUAUUUAGUCGACCAUAAUUUAACUAUCUCUUACUGCAAAUAUUGUUUACACAGUGCAACUAGAUUUAAUCAUUAACAGAGUUAUAAUGCAUCACAGCACUUCGUUGUUCGUAUCCUGUCAUUUGUACAUUGAGUAAAAAAACUUUGAGUGUUUGUUUUUUGUUUCAGA